AUGGACACGGAACCAACCAGCGCAAACACGACGCCUAAAACGAGCUGCAGUCCGCCCUGGAGCCCCCAACAAGGGAACCCCAGAUUGCAACAUGCUCGGGUCAAGGCAAAGGAGAAGCUUGAGCACCUGACCUUGGAGGAAAAGGUGUCCCUCCUAACGGCCGCAGACUUCUGGAGGACCACCGCCAUACCCGAAAGAGGCAUCCCCGCCAUCAAGACAUCCGAUGGACCCAAUGGUGCGAGAGGCGGCAUCUUCGUCGGUGGCACCAAGGCUGCACUCUUCCCAUGUGGCAUUUCCCUCGCGGCAACUUGGAACAAGGAUCUUCUCUACAAGAUAGGCCAGCAUCUUGCUCACGAAACGAGGGCCAGGUCGGCAGACAUGCUGCUGGGGCCGACCAUUUGCAUGCACCGCCAUCCCCUGGGGGGCAGGAACUUUGAGUCCUUCUCCGAGGAUCCUUUUCUCACCGGCAAGCUGGCAGCGCAGUAUGUCAAGGGCUUGCAGGACCAAGGAGUGGGCGCAGCCAUCAAGCACUUUGUGGGAAACGAGCAGGAGACAGAGCGCAACACCAUCGAUUCCCUCAUCGCAGAGAGGCCCCUGCGCGAGCUGUACCUGCGUCCCUUCGAGAUCGCCAUACGAGAAGCCAACCCCUGGGCUGUCAUGUCGUCGUACAACAAGAUCAAUGGCAUCCAUGCCGAUAUGCACCCACACACGCUCAAGGACGUCUUGCGCGGUGAGUGGGGUUAUGAUGGCACCGUUGUAUCCGACUGGGGCGGCACCAACUCUGUUGUCGAGUCGAUACAGGCCGGCUGUGACAUUGAGUUCCCACACUCCACCAAGUGGCGCUUGGCAAAGCUCGUCGAAGCGGCAAAGGAGGGACGUAUCAGCCAAGGGGACAUUGACGCAGCGGCGGAGAAUGCUCUCACACUGGUGGAACGCCUAAAGGGCGGCGACAUGACGCCUGAGCAACCAGAAAAAGAAGACAACAAGGAGGCGACUAGACAGCUUAUCCGCUCAGCGGGUCACGAAGGACUAACGCUUUUGAAGAACGAAGGCGGUCUGCUUCCGCUAUGUUCCAGUGGUACCAGAGUUGCGGUCAUCGGUCCCAAUGCGAACCGUGCCAUUGCUGGGGGAGGCGGCAGCGCAAGUCUGAAUCCUUACUACAACACGAUUCCACUUGAUAGCAUCCGUCGAGUGUCCCAGCAAGAAGUAACAUUCGCUCAGGGGUGUCACAUCUUCAAGUGGUUACCCGUAGCGUCCGAGUACUGCACAUCCCAGUCGGGGAAACCGGGCGUUGAUAUUGACUGGUACGCCGGCGACGCUUUCGAGGGUUCUCCUGUUGUCACGCAGAGACGCACAAAUACAGAUCUCUUCCUGUGGGACUCGGCUCCGCUCGAGCAGGUUGGGCCAGAGUGGUCAGCUGUAGCCAAGACGUAUCUCACGUCUACUAUCUCUGGGAAACACACAAUCAGCUUCAUGAGCGUGGGUCCCGGAAAGCUGUACGUCGACGGCAGAUUGGUUCUUGACCUUUGGAACUGGACCGAAGAAGGCGAGGCCAUGUUUGAUGGGUCCGCGGACUACCUCGUCGAGCUGGACAUGGAGGGCAACCGAGCCGUGGAGCUCAAGGUCGAAAUGACGAACGAAUUGCGGCCUCUCUGGAAGCAGGACAAAUUCAACAUGACGCACAAGUACGGUGGCUGCCGCAUCGGCUUCAAGCAGGAGGACAAGGUGGAUUAUAUCCAGAACGCUGUCCAGGCAGCCCGCGCGGCUGAUGUAGCGGUCGUGGUGGUUGGCGUCGAUGCUGAGUGGGAAUCGGAAGGCUACGAUCGCCAGACCAUGGACCUGCCCGUCGACGGCAGCCAAGACAAGCUCAUACGAGCCAUCGUCGAAGCCAACCCCAGAACCGUGGUGGUGAAUCAGUCGGGAAGCCCCGUCCAUAUGCCUUGGGUCGAUAGCGUUCCUGCUAUCGUCCAGGGCUGGUAUCAGGGCCAGGAAGCCGGCAACGCUCUGGCCGAUGUGCUCUUUGGUCUCGUCAGCCCCAGCGGGAAGCUGCCAGCGACAUUUCCUCAACGCAUUGAGCAUACCCCUGCGUGGCACAACUGGCCAGGUGAGAACGGCAAGGUGCUGUAUGGCGAAGGGCUGUACAUCGGCUAUCGUCAUUACGACCGGAAUAACAUCAAGCCACUCUUCCCCUUUGGACACGGCCUUUCAUACACGACUUUUGAGUAUGGCCGUCCUGAGCUCUCGUCUCGUGUCUUGUCGGCAGACGAGAACAUUCGCCUCACUCUGGCCAUUUCAAACGUGGGUGCCCGAGCCGGCGCCGAGAUCGUGCAGGUGUACGUGCAUGACGAGAAGAGUAGAUUGCCACGUCCAGAGAAGGAGCUUGUCGCCUUUGAAAAAGUUUUCUUGGAGGUAGACGAGACUAGGCACAUCCACAUUACCUUGGAUAAGCACGCAGUUGGGUACUAUGACACGGCGAUUCCAGGAUGGAUUGGCGAGCAAGGGAAGUUCGACAUUCUGAUCGGCGCCUCGAGCACUGACAUUCGGCGCUCUGCAAGUUUCGAAGUGAAAGAGUCUUUCACGUGGACAUUCUAG